GCGGAAGGGUCAAGAACUGUUUUAGCCAGACGAUCAUUGCACAGCAGUUCGCUAGAGGUCAGUAGUGUACAAGCGCACCACAAGUCAGAAACAGAAGAAAAAGACUGGUUCUCAUUUUAAACUUCCGGGCAUGGCGGAGAAGAAAACAACCGUCCGCUCCCAGGAUCCAAACCAGCGGCGCGUGCUGGACAGCGCGACGCGCCAGCGCCGUUUAACCCGCCAGCUUGAGGCUCUCGAGAAAGACAACUUCCAGGACGACCCUCACGCGAGCCUCCCGCAGCUCGUCAAACGGCUGCCACAGUUCGACGAGAGCAACGAAUCAGGCAAGCGGAGGAAGAAGACAAGGGGUGAUCAUUUUAAACAGAGGUUCCGCAAAAACUUCCAGACUCUUCUGGAGGAGGAGGACUUGAGUGUUAGUGAGGGUCCAAAUUAUCUGACUGCAUGUGCUGAGCCCUCAAAGUUUCCUCAGCGACAUUUCUGUGCAGUGUGCGGCUUCCCUUCAAACUACACGUGUGUGUCAUGUGGAGCUCGCUACUGCUGUGUCCGAUGUUUAGGAACACACCACGAGACCAGGUGUCUAAAGUGGACAGUAUGAUUUGUUCCUCCCGACUGAAUUCCUAUCAAAAUCAAAACAAGCUUAUGGGUCAAACUGCACACUUACAACGUUUCUCAGAGACAUCAGUCAUUUGCCUUCACAAACAUGUUGAGGUAUAAAUCACUAAAAGUUAAAACAUGUUCUUUAAAAAGCAAAAUGCCUAUUCAGGGAUUUCUUUAUCAAAACUAAAGGAAUCUGCAGUAGUUACAAUGAUUUUUGUAUAUGAAGUUUUGUAAUUUCACACAAAGUAUUGCUUUUGUAUGUAAAUAUGUAUAAAUAAUUGUUUCCCUUAUUGUAAAAAAAAAUGUGUUGUCUGAAACAAAUAAAUGACUGGAAG